GGCCCCGCGGCAGCUGAGGGCCGCCCUGCACAGCGCCCCUCUGUGAUGCUCGGCCUCCCCUGUACCGGACCACUCCGUCGGGGCCCUCCGCUGCGGAUAUGACUCUGUUUCUGUGUCUGUGUGGAUGUUUGAUUGUGCUUCUGGCUUUGGUGGCGGUGUACUUGAAGCUCAGAGGGUCCGAGCACGGCCCCCAGGGGCCCCCUUGCCUGCCCGCACUGCCCCUGAUCGGCAGUCUGCUGAGUCUGCGAAGCCCGCACCCUCCCCAUGUGCUCUUCAAGGUGCUGCAGGGGAAAUACGGAGACACGUACUCCCUGAUGAUGGGCUCCCACACCGUCAUCGUCGUCAACCAGCACAGACACGCCAAAGAGGUCCUGCUGAAGAAGGGAAAGAUGUUCGCAGGGAGACCUAGAACUGUGACCACAGACGUUCUGACCAGAGAUGGGAAAGACAUCGCGUUCGGAGACUACAGUGCCACCUGGAAGUUCCACAGGAAAAUAGUCCACGGAGCUCUGUGCAUGUUCGGGGAGGGCUCGGCGUCCAUCGAGAAGAUCGUGUGUGCCGAGGCCCAGUCUCUGUGCUCCGUCCUGUCGGAGGCGGCGGCCGGCGGACUCGCCCUGGAUCUGUCCCCCGAGCUGACGCGCGCCGUCACCAACGUCAUCUGUUCGCUCUGCUUUAACUCCUCCUACUGCCGCGGCGACCCGGAGUUCGAGGCCAUGCUGGACUACAGCCAGGGCAUCGUGGACACGGUGGCAAAGGACAGCCUGGUGGACAUCUUCCCCUGGCUGCAGGUUUUUCCCAAUGCAGACCUGCGCCUUCUGAAGCAGUGCGUUUCCAUCCGAGACGAACUCCUGCAGAAGAAAUACGAUGAACACAAGGCCAACUACAGCGACCACGUGCAGCGGGACCUGCUGGACGCCCUGCUCCGAGCCAAGCGCAGCGCCGAGAACAACAACACGGCGGAGGUCAGCGCGGAGUCGGUGGGCCUCAGCGACGACCACCUCCUCAUGACCGUGGGAGACAUCUUCGGGGCCGGAGUGGAGACCACCACCACUGUGCUCAAGUGGGCCGUCGCCUACCUCAUCCAUCACCCGCAAGUGCAGAGGCGUAUCCAGGAGGAGCUGGACAGUAAAGUGGGCGGCGGGCGGUGGCCCCAGCUCGGCGACAGGGGCAGUCUGCCGUACCUGGAGGCCACCAUCAGGGAGGUGUUGCGCAUCCGCCCCGUGGCCCCGCUGCUCAUCCCGCACGUGGCCCUCAGUGACACCAGCAUCGGCGACUACACCGUGAGGAAAGGAACCCGAGUCAUCAUCAACCUGUGGUCUCUGCACCACGACGAGAAGGAAUGGACAAACCCAGAUCUCUUUGACCCAGGUCGGUUCCUGAACAGCGACGGCACGGGUCCGAUCAUCCCGUCGUCCAGCUACCUGCCGUUCGGCGCCGGGGUCCGGGUGUGUCUGGGCGAGGCCCUGGCCAAGAUGGAGCUCUUCCUCUUCCUGUCCUGGAUCCUGCAGCGCUUCACGCUCUCCGUCCCGCCGGGCCACGCGCUGCCCAGCCUGGAGGGCAAGUUCGGCGUGGUCCUGCAGCCGGCCAAGUACAAGGUGAACGCCGCGCCCCGGCCGUGCUGGGAGAGGAGCGAGGGCCAGGCGUGUUGAGGCCGGCUCCGGCCAGCGGCUCUCGGUCGUGAGUCGACAUCAAGCGAGCAGCGGUGAACUGAUCAAAUCGGAACAUCUCUUUGUAUUGCAUGACAUUUAUUAUUAUUAUUAUUAUUUAGAAUGUAACUGUCAAACAGUAGUUACUGUCAAACAGUAGUUCCAGACAUUAUUUAUGAAUAGUUUGAUGAAAUGCAAUAUUUGAACAAGUUCUCUCUGCUGCCAUGAGAAAACCUGAUAUGGACAAGGUAUCAAUAUUUAAUAGGAGAAGCUGCCUGAAUCUUUUAAGGCAAAUAUAUGGAUUCUGCCUGUAAGAGUCGUUCAACCAUGAGUCCAUUGAGCAAUACUGAUACCAAGCAGCUACACAUAUACUGUAUAAUGUUCUGCCUGUCAGCCUGUACCUGCUUUUGAAAUAUAUUAUAUAUAUAUAUAUUUUAUUUUUGUUUCUGUCUCAGUGUACAAUGUAAUUUCCUCUGUUUAAAGUUACACUUCCUGUAACGCCCUUUGGAAAAAAAAGAAUCUUAGUUCCUUUCAUUUUCUUUUAAUGUAUUCAAUAACCUUUUAUUAAAGGCUUUUAUUUGCAAAAAA